AUGUCAAUGUUAAAGGACGACCCGUCUUCAAGGCUCAAAGCUCUUGAAAAGAUGGGAGUCGUCGAAAAUUACGACCAUAUUCGCACCUGCACUGUUGCCAUCGUAGGUGUUGGAGGAGUUGGGGCUGUGGUCGCCGAAAUGCUGACCAGAUGUGGAGUAGGAAAGCUUAUUCUUUUCGACUACGACGAAAUAGAGUUGGCAAACAUGAAUAGACUGUUUUACAGGCCCGACCAGCGGGGCUUGCCGAAAGUUCAGGCUGCCAAGGACACCCUAAAUGUAAUUAACCCUCACGUCAUAAUAGAGCCCGUUAACUGUAAUAUUACCAGAGAAUACGAGCUCAUGAACAACUCCCAAGUAGACUUGGUGCUCAGCUGUGUGGACAACUAUGCGGCCAGAGUGACCAUAAAUAAGGCCUGCUGCAAGGCGGACCAGGUGUGGAUGAACUCGGGAGUGUCGGAAAACGCCACCAGCGGACAGAUACAGACCUGCAUCCCGGGAAUUACCGCCUGCUUCCUGUGCGCGCCGCCGUACGUCAUCGCCACAAACGGCGACGAGAGCAAGAUAAAGCGGGCCGACGUCUGCACUGCAAGCCUGCCCACGACGAUGGGCGUGGUCGCAGGCCUGCUUGCACACAACGCGCUCAAGUACCUGCUGAAAUUCGGGAACGUCACGAGGUUCUUGGCCUACAACUCGCUGCAGGACUAUAUGCCGUCGUACUCAAUAGAGUGCACGCCGGAAUGUUCGGAACAGUACUGUCUUCAGAGGCAGAAGGAGAAGGAGCACAUUCUGAAGGAAAUGGAGCAGGUGAAGGAGAAGCCGGAUGAGGAGGUGGGAGAUUUGCACCCGGAAAACGAGUUUGAAAUUGAGGUCGUGGAGGAGGAGGCUGUGGAAGAGCCGCAGGCCCCGCCGAAGCAGGUUCAGGAUGCUGUGCCGAGCAAGGCCGCAACAAAACUUUCACUGAGCGAGCUGAGAAAACAACUCAUGAACGCAUCGAUAUCUAAAAGUUAA